AUGAGUCUGCGCGUUUCGGGAAAACACAUGGAGAUCGGCGAUGCGUUCCGCACACGCAUCGAGGACCGGAUCGACGAGGCGAUCGACAAGUAUUUCGGCGGACGCGCCUCGGGCCAUGUGGUGGUCGAAAAGUCGCGAUCCCGAUUCACCACCGACUGCACGCUGCACCUCGAUUCGGGCACGGUCCUCCAGGCAACCGGCGAGGCUCAGGACCCGCAGGCCUCCUUCGACGCCGCCGCCGAGCGGAUCGAAAAGCGCCUGCGCCGCUACAAGCGCCGGUUGAAGUCCCACCAUGCCAACGGUGCGGCCACGCGGGUCGAGGAAUAUGCCUACCGCGUGCUCGAGGCGCUGCCCCAGGACGAGGAUGAAGAGCUUCCCGACGACUACGCGCCGCUCGUCAUCGCCGAGACCAAGAUGAGUUUGUCCACCAUGCCGGUCUCUUCGGCGGUUUUGCAACUGGACCUUCAGGACACGCCGGUCUAUGUGUUCCGCAAUGCUGGGAGCGGCGACGUCAACCUUGUGUACCGCCGCCCCGAUGGACAUAUCGGCUGGAUCGAUCCGGGAUCGUUGAAGUAG